AUGCGAGCGAAAUCGGUGUCGUACAAUCCCAGACUGCAGACACUGGACAUAAGAACAGUUACCAGUUUGAAUGGAUAUCCGAAUGAGCGCAGCCUCGCAUCCAUCUUACUAGGCAAAGUAGCCGCAGAGCCUGAGCAGGAUCAUACUACGGGCAAGUUCCUCCAGGCGAGAGUCGAUCGAUGUGAUGGGCACAAUAAAAGAGAGCCCGAUAAAUGGGUCAUUUUCCUGUCCACACCCUAUCUGGACAGUGGGAAAUUCGACCGGGAUCCCGAUGCUGACCUCGAGUUCCAUCGUCCCCAGACACUUUUCGAGUUUGUCUACAAGGAUCAAGAUACAUCGUUACAAGAUGAAAAGCAGAUGCUCAGGACGAAACUGCGCUCAUCAGACAUUCUUCGCGUGCACAGUCUGUGGGCACUGUUCAGUUCAGGAACCCUGGUCAUGAGUUCUCCAGAUCCCGCUGAUGAGAUGCUUGGUCCUUCUAUUCUGAUGGAAGACGUUACAGAUCAGGUCGAAACUGGUGAAUUGCGGAUCAUUCGGCUGCUUGACCCGACCGAUAGAACCUUUUUCAUUCCCCUGGUUGUGGGACUCUGCGCUAGAAGAUUUGGAGCCACACCGGAGAUGUACCAUCUCAGUGACAAUGACGGGAACGAGAUCACUGCUGCGGAGUGGCAGCAGUUUAUCACGAACCAAAAUGACUUCGGCACUAUGGUGCGCGUUGGGCUGUACUCGAGUUCACCGCCGCCGGAAGCUCCGCCGCCACCCAGCAGUGACCGGGACCUGCCACCUAACAACGAUGGGCCUAGGGGUCGAGAUGAGCUUGUCGUACGACGCCGUGAGGUCAGCUUGGAGCGUCUGCGGUUAAAAAGACCGAGACGAAGCCGGCGGUCAAUCAAUAUAAUAAACCGUGCACGUGGCGUCACGAAUGAAAACGGAAGACCGCCCUUUCAACGCAAGACAGGUGCAUUGGAUGAGGAAAGACGACUCGACCAGCACCAUCUUCCUUUAAGACACUCUGAUGACGCUGGCACAAACCACAUCGAUGAUUACCCUGCAGACUAUAGAGAACAGACGACGGUCCUCUCGGUCCUGAAGGGAGGCAGCAGGGGUGACAUUGCAGACUCACCUUCCGAGUUAACAGAGUCUCCCGCUGAUGAAAAGAUCAAUGUUCAGAAACAGCGCGAGCUGAGGCUGAAGGAAAUCACUCGCCGCAGGGGCACCAGAGACACCACUCAACCAUCUUACCCUGCAAUCGACCCUGUCAGAAAUCGCAGCUUGAGGAGCGGACAACGAAGGUCACAUCAUGGCGAUUCAUUGGCUUUAGUCCCUUACGGAGGGCCUGACGAAACGGCUGGCCAAUUGAGCCGAGAUGAUAGAGCUCUCAUCAUCAAGAAGGAUGUAAUUCUGGAAGAGCAAGUCAAUUUUGAGACAUGGCAGACGCAAAGAUGGAAAGAGCCAAAAUAUAUUAUCCGCAGUAUCCCCAAUACCGUCAUGAGCGCUGCUGCUGGCCGUGAUGGUGGCAGAUUUGACCAUAUCUUCUACUGUCCCAAGGACGUUCUCGACUCCCUAAUAACGCCUGCGGGUGAUUCUCAACGUUCUCUGGACACGGAUGAAAAGAGUGGAACAACAAAUAAGGUAGUCGAGGGACCUGAAGCACAUAGAUCUCCCUCGAACUCCCAGCCCCCCUUGCAAGGCGAGGAGAGACAAAGCAAAAAGCCGAGACCGGCUUGGAAAAAGGAUCGGAACGAGGCGGACAAAACACAGCGCCCGCCGCCGGCCUGCCUUCCUCUGGCCUAUUGGUUCUGUGAAACAACAAUACCGUGGGAUCAAUCAGGCAAUACUGGCGACGUGAGGAGCGCGCCACUCAACGAUGCUGGCAGAAAUCAAAUGACCGUACUAAACUUCGUCCUAGCUCAAAUCGAUUCGAAUCUCACCCAAGGGAAUCGAGUCCAAGCUCAUAGACUCGGUGAACCCAGUGAGAAAGAGGCGCCAAUCUAUAAAGGUCUUCUCGAAUCGUCAAGGGACGCAGUCGCCGAGAGGGUCACCAGCUUCUGCGGAGCUGGUCCAUCAGUGAAGGCCGAAGAUGAAACAAAGCCGAAUCUCGACAUCUUUACCCAAGUGAGACUGUGCUUCGAUAUCUUGGUUGAACUAUUGGAAUCCUUCCUCCCUCAGGACUAUCCGUCCGUGGUACUUAGGAAGUUCUGGUAUGGGGUUGAUGUAUGGAUUCGGGGAUUGCAGCAGUUGAUGUCAGCAAAAGAUACACCUCCGAAUACCACCACUGGCACCAAGCGUCGUCCGGAUCCUGUCAAAGCUCCCGAUAUCUACUAUGUUGUCAGGGCCGACUGGGCCCCUCGAAGCUCUCAACUGACGGAGCUAAAGUACCCUGACCGCGAUGUAGACCGCGGCACUCAGUGUAUAAAUCGGCAGUCAUACACGCGUCUUGAAAAUGUGCUUCAGCACUUGCGGGAGGUGCAUUUCACCUCAGCGAUGGCAUCUGAGAAUGACAAUUCACGAAUGGGUUAG